CCCGACCCGGCCUGUAGUUCCGGGGUCUUGCAGGGAGCGCUCUUUGGGAACAUGCUGUGUAUGAGAUAGUUACAGCCGAGGGAAAGAAGGUUCCCAGCAUGAUUCAGAUAGGAUUUCAUUGUGAUUGACAAUGAGCAUCAACUCUUCUGAAGAAAAUGGUGUGGAAACGGAGUCUCGCACAGGAAAUGGAGCUACCAUUGUAGCGGAGUCUAUUGCCAUCAUUAUUAUUGACAUUCUCAUCUGCCUUGGUAACCUCGUCAUUGUCAUCACCCUAUACAAGAAGUCCUACUUACUGUCUCUCAGCAAUAAGUUUGUGUUGAGCCUGACCCUUUCCAAUCUCCUGCUGUCUAUGCUGGUCCUUCCAUUCGUGGUUGUCAGCUCUAUCCUGAGAGAAUGGAUCUUCGGGGUGGUGUGGUGCAAUUUUUCUGCGCUCCUCUACAUGCUGAUCAGCUCUGCCAGUAUGCUGACAUUGGGCAUUAUAGCAAUUGACAGGUAUUAUGCAGUUCUUUAUCCAAUGGUAUAUCCUAUGAAGAUAACUGGAAACCGGGCAGUAUUGGCUAUAGCGUACGUGUGGCUGCAUUCCCUCAUUGGAUGCCUUCCACCUCUUUUUGGUUGGUCGUCGCUAGAGUUUGAUCACUUUAAAUGGAUGUGCGUAGCCGCAUGGCACAAGGAAGCUGGGUACACUGCCUUCUGGCAGAUAUGGUGUGCUUUGCUACCCUUUAUCACUAUGAUGAUUUGCUAUGGGUUCAUCUUUCGAGUGGCUCGCAUAAAAGCACGAAAGAUCCACUGUGGAACUGUUAUCGUUGUACAGGAGACUUCCCAAAAGAACGGGAGGAAGAAUUCCAGUACUUCGACAUCGUCUUCGGGAAGCAGGAGGAAUGGAUUUUCCAGUGUUGUCUAUUCUGCUAACCAAUGCAAAGCCUUCAUAACUAUACUGGUUGUUAUUGGGGCCUUUGUGCUUACCUGGGGGCCUUACAUGAUUGUUAUAAGCACUGAGGCCUUAUGGGGGAAAAACAGUGUUUCUCCUGUGAUAGAGACUAUGGCUACAUGGCUAUCCUUCACAAGUGCAAUUUGCCACCCUCUUAUUUAUGGACUUUGGAACAAAACGGUGCGUAAGGAGCUUCUCAGCAUGUGUUUUGGCAACCGCUACAGAGAUCCCUUCCAUCAGCAGCACAGAACAUCACGGAUGUUCAGCAUUUCUAAUAGGAUAACAGAUCUUGGAUUAUCCCCACAUCUGACUGCCCUGAUAGCAAGUGGGAAGGAUUCAGAGAACCAAAGCACUACAACAAACACUGGUUUCAGCUACUCCAAUGAUUCAGGUACUGAUGUCAUGCUACUUGACGACGGCAGCUCUGAUAGUGCCCAGAACACUCGCAUCCUCUAUUCCAGACGGAAAAGUUCUGUUACUUUUGAAGAUGAAGUAGAACAAAAAAAUGAUGCUAAAAAGGCCCCAGCUGAGGAAACCUCAUCUACAGUAUCCUUAGAAUCCUUUGCCUGCAGUUUGGCCAAAACAAUUGAGAUGGAUGCAAAAAUUAGCUUGUUUGGAGAAGAUGCAUUGCGUACCCUGCCUGGGAAUUCUGGGAUGAACCGAGGCAACAGAAGUCAUGCCAUCCAGAAGCAAAGGCUUGUACUGCAAAGUAUCGAGGAAGGAACCACAUGACCUUCUACUCAAUAAUACAUGCACAGUAAUCAUAAGGAGGCCUUGACCGAGAAAGUAUUCAUAAAGCAUGUAUUUCAGGCAAAGGGAAAUCCAUUACUGGUGCCAUCUCCUUUUCUCCGCCACUUUCAUAUAUUAGAGAGCAGAAUGACCUCUCUAGCGCUGUAUAGUAAAAUUUGCUCUUUGCCUACACUAAGUGUUAAAGAGGCUUUGUCAGCAUGAUCAACCCUAUUAAACCAGACAUAGUGCCUGGUAGGGCUCAUCAUGAUGAUUAAAACAAUACCUUUCUUUUGUCUGUAUGCUAAACAUCUGCAGAAAUGUCUGCGUUUGUAUUCAUAUGCAAAUGAGCACGUUUGGGCAUCAGGGGGCGGGGCUGAACCCUUGGAGCAGUAAUAUGUAAGCUUUCUGAGCAGAUUUCAAUGUGAUAAUGCAAUGGUAUGUCAUUUAUAUAUGUACAUGCUAGGAGACAGAUCUAGGACACAGUUCUGCCCUCAGCAUGCUCAUGUCUAGUCCUGUCAGAGGGGAGUGUGCAGAGCUCAGGGGGUGUUACAAAGCAGUGCUCCAAGGGUACAGCCCUGCACCCUGGUGCUCAAACUUGCUUAUUUGCAUAUGAAUACAAAUGCAGAUAUCUCUGCAUCUAUGUAGCAUACAGACAAAAGAAAGGUAUAGUUUUAAUCAGUAUAAUAAGUCCUACCAGGCAAUAUGCCUAGUUUAAUUGGGUUCAUCAUGCUGACAGAGCCUCAUUAAGCUUUUUUCACAUUAGCGAUAAAAUCUUCCGGCAUGCUGUUUCGGCAGAGGAACAGCCUGCCAGAGUUCUUUGUAUCCAGCAUAGCCGGAUACUACCUUCCCCUGUCAGAGCACAUUCACCAUAAUGGGAUCCCACCUGUUUCUGUCAGUAGUGCCAGGAGUCCCGGCACUAAUGCUGGAAACAGGCCAGAUCCCAUUCUAGUCAAUGGGCUCUGGCAAGGAUAGGUAGUAUCCGGCUACGCCGGACACGGUGAACUCCACCAGGCUGUUUCUCUGCCAGAACAGCAUGCCAGAAGAUUUUAUCGCUAAUGUGAAGGUAGCCUUAUAUACCAGUAGUAUUGUAUUGGAGACGAUAAUCCAUUUUGUUACUUUUGUAUGGGAUUUUUACAUUUUUGGUACUGGGUUUUGCUUUUUUAGAUAUAAACUCGUUUUAGUUUUCAAUGAGCACAACACACUUUUUUUGUACUUCUUUUUUUUUUUUUUUCUAGUUUAUACAAAUACCGUGUUUUCUUUUUUUUAUAACAAUAGAGCUUUUUGUUUACAUGUAUUUAUAUUUUUUUUUAUACCUACUUCAUUAAU